CCGGUUUCACGGUGUUGUUGUACCUGCGAUACCAGGAUGGUGGAGCUGAUUGAAGUGAUCGUCAAGGGACUGUGCACGGCGUACGCCCUGGCGAUCUUUGGGGUCACGCAGCUACUGAAGAACGAAGCCAGGGACCGAUUCUUCCUGUAUAUGACCUACGUGCUGGCGAUGACUUGUCCAUGGUAGCUAUCAACUCGUACAUAUUAUGCAAUCCUCAAGUUCUUGUAUAUUAAACGUACAUUUGCGGCAUGGUUGCAGCAUUUGGGCGCUGAUUCGAUGCGCAAGGGAAUGGGACGCACGGCGCAAGGUGGUGGUAGUGAAGGAGAAGAAGAAGAAGAAGCCGGACAUUGCAACCAAGAAGGACCCGCUGGUGGGGCUGACGCAGGCCGAGAUUCUGGCGGCACAGCGGGAGAAGGCCAAGGACAUCGGCGGGAUCGGGGAAGCCAAGGGCGGCGGGAUGAAGGCGAAGAAACCCAAAGGCAGUCCGAAGCGGAAAGGACCUCCGAAAAAAGACAAAGGACCGAAGAAAGGGGAUAGCAAUAAAGUAUAACUCGACUGUUUAUAGUAGC